CGAUCAGAACGCCUGCCAAACUUCAAGCGCGAGGGCAUACACGACGCCGAGUGAACUCGCACGAGACUAGCCGAGGGUACCUCAGGCCAGUCGCCAUUUUGUUGGGUAGUCAUCGGGAUCGUCGUGUUACUCUCACUCGGGAUCCGUCGUAAUUUUGUCCGGGCAGACGGUGAAACGCCGUGGGAUUCGGGGCGCAGCUCUCCUACUACACGCCAUUCCGCAAAUGGCUUGUCUGAACACCCUCAAGCAGGAAAUCAAAACGCUCGAAUCCGUCUUCCCCAAGAGCCAUGAGAGGUUUCAGAUAAUGUCCGCGAGCGUGGACGAGCUCAGCUGCAGGUUCGUCGGUAAAAAUGGGAAGAAAUACGAAAUACACGCCAAUAUCACAGAAACCUAUCCUUCUACACCGCCAGUCUGGUUUGCCGAGUCUGAGGAGACUAGUGUUACAAACGCUGUACAAAUUUUAAGUAACACAACAGGCCGUGACAACCAUGUAAUCAACCAAGUCGGAAUUCUCCUGAAAGAAUUAUGCAGACUACAUUCGUUACCAGAACCACCGGAUGUCGAAAGACUCAGAACGGCUUUGGAUCCUUUACGUUUAGGAGGACCAAACGAAGCCGUGGCGCAGAGAAUGGACGCCGAGGACGUUGAUGACUUCGACGAGGAUGAAGAGAGCGAGACUGAAGAAGACCUCCACCUAGACAUGGACGAGGGAGAUGCUAACGCUAAGAGUAAGGGCGAAGAAAUGGACUUGGAACAUCUCGCGACGUUGGAGAGGUUGAGACAGAAUCAGAGACAAGACUAUUUAAAAGGAUCUGUUUGUGGAAGUGUACAAGCUACCGAUAGACUCAUGAAGGAACUACGUGAUAUUUAUCGAAGUGACAGCUUUAAAAAAGGAAUGUAUAGCAUAGAACUAGUAAAUGACAGUUUGUAUGAAUGGAAUAUCAGGUUGAUGUGUGUAGAUCCUGAUUCACCACUCCAUAGCGAUCUCAUUCUUCUAAAAGAGAAAGAAGGCAAAGACAGUAUUCUUCUCAACAUGCUUUUUAAGGAAACUUAUCCAUUCGAGCCUCCAUUCGUAAGAGUUGUACAUCCCAUCAUUUCCGGUGGAUAUGUUCUUGUAGGAGGCGCAAUUUGCAUGGAGCUUCUUACGAAACAGGGAUGGAGUUCGGCAUAUACGGUGGAAGCUGUUAUAAUGCAGAUUUCAGCAACGUUAGUAAAGGGCAAAGCGCGUAUACAGUUCCAAGGAUCAGGUGGUGCUGGCAAAGUGUGCGGCGGGCAAGGCCAAUAUAGUUUGGCACGUGCCCAACAGUCAUUCAAGUCUCUUGUACAAAUACAUGAAAAGAAUGGAUGGUUCACGCCCCCGAAAGAGGAUGGCUAAUGAACAGCGGUUACCGAAACGUACCGAAAAAAUGACACGUGCUUACAGAUGAGACUUUAAUUCGGUGUGUGCCCAACAAGUAAUUGUUAUGAUAAUGAUUUGAUACACAAACACAACAGUAACUAGGUAACUUAAGAUAUUGAAUUAAUCUAACGUAUAAUUCCUUUGAUGGCUAAAAAGCUGCCGUGCAGUUUGGUUUCGUCUACAGAUUUUCGGUCGUAGCGGUUAGAUCGCUAAUUGUAUUGGUAAAUGUAAGGUAUCAUUUCAUCUGGAAUUGAUUCUUAUGUUUUGACUGAGAAUCUCAAUUGUUAUGAACGACAUAGUAAUUUUAGUACUUUCUCGAGGAUACAUAUGUUGUACGUGCGAAACAGUAUAAAUAUUCUGAAAAAUGCGUUUGCGCAAUCGUGCUUCCUGUCUUUUUAACGGGAGGAGAUUAUAGUUAGCAUUUUUAGAUUAAUAAUACUGGAGAGAUUUUUAAGUGUUUCUUUCAUUAUUUUAUUAUUAUAAGCACUACAUUCUUUAUUUUCUAUGAAAAAGGACGAAUAAUUUUGUGCAAUUCAGUGACAGAAAAAGUGGAUGUCACUUAACUUUUUUGAAACCAUUUUUCAGCCAGGUAUCUCGUAAGAUAUAUAUAUAUAUAUAUAUAUAUAUAUAUAUAUAUAUAUAUAUUGCGAGUGCACAACCAAAGCAUUCCUCGACAAAUUUAAUUGGAAAUAAAGUGACUACAUAGGAUAUAAAAGUAUAGCUUCAUAUCGGGAGGCUCUAGAGAGUACACGACCAUAGGACUCACAAAAGUUUUAGCGAACUUUUCAGAAUUGCAAUUGAAUGUGUUUCGUAAAGCUAAUUUUCUCUAUAAACAGUAAUCGAGUUAGAUUUUUGACACAAGAAGCAAUAUUUUUUUACAUUCGGCAAAUAACGUAUUCCGUGACACUGAUAGAUUAGAUGAAAUGUAGAUCCUUAUAAUGCUUGUAUCGUAUACAAUGCAAUAAUUAAUAUGCAUGUUUAUCUUUUACUUAGAAAGUAGAGAAGAGACAGAUACUAAUGUAUAAGUAUCGUAAACUUGUGAGCACUUUCUUUUUUCAAGUAGAAGAUAUCGCGAAACUUUUAUUUCGUCGGUUUCUUUUCUUGGCAAUACUACUGGGAUAGCUUUCUAUAACAUAAUAUAUGCCCUGUUGUAACAUUCAAUCAAGUAUAGGAGUUUGAGAGAUGUAUAGAUGUAUAUAAUGCAAGUACUCUUUAGAGUCUUUUUACCAGAAGGCAUAAAACGCAAUGGAAGCUUUCGAAGGUUUUGGUUGUGUGUAUUAUCUGAAUUCGUGGUUUAACUCUUUAUUGUUUCCAAUAUGUUGCAGUUUUCUAGUAAAACGUAUGAUACGUUUUGUGAUUAUGACUAUAUAGACGAACUGUAAUUUUUCAUAAUACAAGAUGAGCGAGUACUGAAUAUUAUUUGACAGAAUUAAUUCUUAUGUGCAAAUUUGUUUUCGAAGAGCCAUCAUUUCCAUACGUAUAAUUAAUAAUUAAUAGUGACACAAUUAUUGUUUAUACAAGUAAUCUGAUUAUUAUUAUUUACAAUAAUGCAUUUAUCGUAUAUGUUAAUUAACGUAUUAACGUAGUAUAUUAGUAAUAUCAAUAUUGAUAUUAGUAAUAUCAAUAUUGAUAUUAGUAAUUCAUAAUUGCCCACAAUAAGGAAGUUUUUUAGAACGAUGUUAAUUUUAUGCGCACCACAUCAGCUAUCGUUUGCGCGACAAAUAAAUGGCCAAACUUUACGUAUACGCUCCUAAAAGCGAAUUUGUCCAUUAGAAUUAAUAACGGAUAUCGUAACGCUGAUAACUUUAGUGAUUCUAAUUUUCAUUAUCACAAAUUAUUCGCGAGAUAUUCCCGACGUCUGUUUUCACGCAAAAAAGAAAAAAAUACUUGUGUUAGAUUUGUCAAUGUUAAGUGUAAUUUCAUAUUACAGCAUGAAAAUUAAGUUGCAGAAACCGUAUAAAUUGUAGUAUAAAAUGAAUUUGCAAUUGCUUUAAUACUCUCCGAAUUUAUAUCGCACUUCUGAACAACUACGCAAUUUGUUUCGUACAUACAUACAUACAUACAUACAUUAAUAAAUAAACAUCCCCCUUGAUUCAUGUACGCACGCACGCACACGUACAUACAUGUACACAGAUAGACACGUACAUAUAUACAUACACAUACACGCAUUCUGUUCCUCGUGCUUCAUCUUCCUACGUGAUUAUAAAUGUAGUUUCUGCUGUCAUGUUUAUAAUCGCGAAUGAUUUUCAUCAUUUCUAGUAAAAGCCAGAAAUGCAUCUUCCUUUUUUUUCUUGUAAAUAUCAAUAUAAUAAUGACUAAUCGAAUUGUAUUUGAGAGACUCUCGUUUCAAGUAUUGUUGCUUUGAUAAUGUCGCUGAUACGUGUCUCUGAACCAAUCAUCGUGUUUGCUCUCGUUAGAAUGAGACAAGAAGGAGCGUGCCCUAUUGAUCGUAUGAAGAUGAAGCAGUACAUAUGUUAUUUGGUAAUAACGUAUGUACACUGUAUCGGUACACAUGAUUAUUGGUAUAACUGGAUCGAGUAGCGUGGAUUAUUAGUUUCGUUCGCGGUACCGUUAAACUCGUUUGUGAGGGAAUCGUAUGAGCAGUAUCGUCAUAUAAAUAAUAGAUUCUUAAGUAUAAAUGUGCGAUCAUCGAGCUCGUUGUCAGUGGGUAUCACGAUUUGUACAGCCGCGCCCGUUUGACACUGAGUAACUGGUUGUUCGACGUUCGUUAUAAACGUUAUGUUCUUCUUUGCCAAAACUCUUCUUCGUUCCCGUCUCUGUUAAGUUUUUCUUUUGUAUAAUCGUAUAUGAUCGCGGGGAGUAAUGUGACAUGUAUAUUUUUGCUACAAAUAUCGUUAAGACUUUUAAUUUUCGUAGAACAUUCGACUCUUGCCGUAAUUCUUCUCGACGGCUUUCAAAGGUCUCUUGACACACCUCGCCGUAAGGUCAACGAUGUUAUAUAUGCGAUUUUAGUUUGGAUUAAUUAAUAUUGAGUGAACGUACCACACACGAGUAAAAAAGGGACGAGAGAUGCGUAUUAAAUAAGAAAACGAAGAUAAUUCCGGCAUGUCGGGAUUCGUUCAGGAUUGUAUAUUUCGUUUUUAUUUGUAUACAAGAAAUGCGUGUAUAAAACGAAAGAAAGAGAACCGCAAAGGUGAACGUUUGAGAACUAGCCGGAUGUUACACAACUGUGGAAUAUACUUUUCAAACCUUCUAGAUUUUAUGUGCAGCGGUAUAGUUGUAAAACACCUAUACGACGUUACGUUAUAUUCGAAGCGAUCUAUUUGAAGACUGAUAAAAAACGAAACGGAACACUUGAACGUUCUUUUCUUCCACACAUAUAUUACAUCUAUGGCAAAAUGUAUCUUUCACGCGAGACUUCGAUUCGUGAGCAUAAUGAACGAGAGGUAUUCAAGCCAUUUAUUCGCAUUGGACGGGAUUUUCUGUAUUUCCUCAUUUACGAAAUUAAUGUGUAUUUGAGGUAUUCACACGAAGGCAACAGUGCAAAUUCGAAAAGAUGGAUUGAUUUGUAUUUGUGGCAAAAAUAGUAUUUCGUCUAAAGUCUCUUCCAAUUCGUUUGUUCACUUUUCACGAUUGAUUAUCGAUGUGAAUAUAUCUGUUUAUUAUCCAUCGUAUUGUAUUGACUCGCCUUUAAGUAAAAUAUCAAUUGAUUUAACGAAGAAAUGGUCUCUUUCUAGUUUUUUCAUUUUUUUUUUCUGUUUUAAGGGAGAGCACCCGGUUCACGCGGAACAUAAGCGAGGUGAACGAGGCCCGAUAAGAGAGUGCGGCAUAUUUGGAAAUUACAAAAAGAAAAUUAAGAAAAGAGGUCCACACACAUAUACACACCUACACACAUGUACCUGGUUGCCGAUCCGUAUUCGAGGUAGUCGAUAACAAUCUCCGUUUCGCUUGAACCGUGGUAUUUGAUCGUAUCCAUUUGAUAUUCGGGAUGUAAACUUUGUGUAUCGUGUUAAGUAUAAUUGUAUAACUUACUCUCAUAUUGUAACAUUCUCUGACGAGGGUAUAGACUUCCGGAUCGAAGCAGCGUGUGUGUCGUACGCGUCGAGAGAAAUCGCGAUUGACAUAUCUCUCUUAUUUUAUUUUUUUUUUCGGAACUUGUACCGCGCAUCUUCAAACGAAAAUCGCCCGUCCCUUGUUCUGUUUUUUGCGCAAACGCGUUCUCUUUCUCUUUCUCUCUCUCUCUUUCUCUCUCUUCCUUUUUUGAAGCACUGUCACUUUCUCGACGUGGACGAUAUUCCUCGAGUCUAAACCCCAUAAGUUAAACUCACAUCACCGUCUCUGUCUGCAUUGCCCUACUUGCGUAUAAUUACCGACUCAUCGCGGUUAAUCGAGCGAUCGAUCCAUUUUUGUUAAUCGGUCGUGUCGUUCUCAUUGUCAAUCUAUAAUCUUAAGAUUACUCUAUACGUAUCCUAAAUCUGCUCCACUUGUAUAUCGUACCAUUUACCGACUUGAGUGAAAGUUUCCAUAAUUCUAAUAUAUCGAGCAUUAUACUUUCUCUCUAUUCUCUCUCUUUCACACCACGAUUUCACGUUAAGUUACGUUAAUUAUUAUUUAGAAGAACGCUACGAAACACAGAAAAUAAAGAUUUUAAUAAAAAAGAAAAAA